CCUACCUCUUAUACACCACAUUCUCAGCAAGGACAAGGUACUACAGACACGUGUAGUACCCUUUCGGCCUGUGUAUGGAACGCCUUGAGCGCUGACGGAAUGAUUGUUGGUGGCUCGUGCCUCGCAACCUUGUCGAGAGCUUGUUGAACCUUGGACCUGGACUUGUGGGGCUUUGUCUGCAGCCCCACGCAGACGGUGAAAACUAAACCAUGCCCAUGGCGAGGUGUUGGGGACGAUACGUACAAUGGUACGAUGGAAACAAGGAUCUGGAGAAGAAGCAGAAAAGAGUCAAUCGGAAGAUAGAAGAGCAGCUAAAGCGGGACAAAAAAGUCUACAGAAAAACAAACCGACUGCUUCUGCUUGGUCCUGAGGAGUCAGGAAAGAGUACCAUCCUCAAGCAGAUGAAAAUUCUGCACAACAACAGCUUCGAUGAACAGGAGAGGCGUCAGAAAAUCCCAGACAUCAAAAAGAAUAUUCGAGAUGCCAUAGUGACAAUCACCGGCGCCAUGAGCACGUUGACGCCUCCUGUUCCCCUGGCGGAUCACACUUUACAGGCCCGGGUGGACUACAUCCAAGAUGUGGCCACUCAGCCAGAGUUCUCUUAUCCCCCGGAAUUCUACGAGAAUACAGAACUCCUGUGGAAGGAUGGUGGCGUGCAGGCCUGCUAUGAGAGGUCCAAUGAGUAUCAUCUCAUCGACUGUGCACAGUAUUUCCUGGAUAGGGUCCAUGUAGUCAAGCAGCCAGACUAUGAACCAACAGAUCAGGACAUUCUACGGUGUCGUGUUUUAACGUCUGGUAUCUUUGAAACCAAGUUUGAAGCAAAUGGUAUUAAGUUUCACAUGUUUGAUGUAGGGGAUCAAAGGGGUGAAAGACGAAGAUGGAUUGAGUAUUUCACUGAUGUACCAGCGAUAAUCUUUGUGGUGGCAUGCAGCAGUUACGACAUGGUGUUGGGGGAAGACCCCAGCCAGAACCGCCUUAGGGAAGCCCUAGACCUUUUCGAGAGCAUUUGGAAUAACAGUUGA